AUGUUUCCGACGAUCUUCGUUCUUGGAACAGAAAAUCUCGGUCGUCACACACGUCGCGGAGCGGGUAUUCUCAUCAUGGGUGUUUCUGGUGGUGCUGUCUUUCCUCCAAUUCAAGGCGUCAUAGCCGAUGCCUAUUCCACUCGAAUCUCAUUUUUAGUUCCUAUGGUGGGUUUCGUUGUUGUUUUUGCUUAUGCUACUUUUCAUUGGCUAAAAAGUGGCUUCCAGAUGAGACGUAGACGUUGCGACGUUAAUGUCACCGUUGGUUCUAUUACUGUACAAAACAAUACAUUGACUGUUGUUAAUAAUCAACAGCCAUUCAGUCCUGACGACAAUUUAAAAGAAAUGUCACUCACAGACACAUCAGACUCAACAUCAGAUUUUACAGAACUCGACACGCAAGUCUUAGAAGACAUAAAUCAAAUUAUUAUGCGCACAACAAAGUUUUAA